CUAAGGUUUGUUCGAGAGAGGUUGUGUGUCUUGAUGCUGCUACAUAAACUAGGCUUGUUUAAUUUAUGUCGAAAUAACUUGAUUUCGUUCAGCGUUACUAGAAACCAAAAUUAGUCUAAAGGUUCGAUAUAUCAAGUGUGCGAUUUUUAACUGUGACGAAACUCGAACUAGUUAACCUCAUUUCGAUCAAUAAAUAGGUUCCCGUGUAUUGUAGUGACUAGCAGAAGAUGGAUAAUGGUGAAUAUCAUCCUCCUCCUCCAUACUUCCCCAUGUUGGGUGAUCAAUCGUCGUAUCCUCCUCCGCCCCCUUAUUCCGCCCAGCCUCCACCUGGUAGCUUUUCAUCUUUCCCAUCUCCCCCUCCUGCAUAUUCCCCACCUGGAGCCUACUACCCCCACCCUCAACAAUUUCCCUUGUACAAUGCAUACGCACAACAACCUAACUUCAUUUCACCAGCAAUUCCUCAACAAAGUUUCCCACUAAACCCAAACCAAGCCACAGCUCCUCCGCUCUAUCCUAACCUUCCUCCUCUCGACUCUACGUUUGUCCCGAGUAGACCCGCGCCUCCGCCACCAAGACCGCCUCCACCAACCGUCCAGCAACCCACCAUUGGUUUUGGCGACUCUUCUAUUCCGAGUGAUGCUGUCGAUGCAAGGUGGAGCAAUCUUCUGAGCAGCACACACGGCAGUCAUCCUGGCUACGCCGUCUGCAGCGACAAGGACACGCCGCUGCCGGCGGCGCUGAAGGAGCGCUGGCAGUGUGGGGGCGCUAGCUUGUUCCUCCUCCAGCACGACGGUUAUGUUGUGGCGCCAGCGCAUGAAGUCUUCCUUAAAGUCUACCUCAAUCCAGAUUUUGAUGCCAGUCGCUGCCCCUCCCGACGAGGAAGCCUCCAGUACAGCCUCGAUAACAGCCCCACAGGGACCCCGGGUCGCAACUCCCCCAGCGGGUCCAUCUACAGUAAAACUUCUGCUGAGUCGAGGCCUUCCCCUUCUGGUGCUGCGGACGCUCAGCAAUAUUCGCUGCUUGUGGAAUGCCCUCGGAUCUGCAGGCUCAAACUUUCCCCCGCUAGAGGCCACGCUCUUGUUGACCGAGAAUUUAUAUCUUUUGUCGACCAAGNAGCUUCAAAUGUUGGUAAUGCAAUUCUAAACUUCCCCCCGCUAGAGGCCACGCUCUAUAAAGUAAAAGCAUUUGUCCAGGGAUACUUUAACUGUCAAGGCACUAAAGCUUGUCGCAGCGUGGUGGUGAAAUUUCCACGAGGUUUAGACUCGCGUAAGUUGGAAGAGCUCACACAGCUGCUGAGUCAGCACGCCUCGAUAACAACUGAUAACAACGGCAUCCUCACGACUGUGUCCUCUAGCGUCGAGUCUGCGUUCAACUACUCUUCCAAGCUGGGCAGCGACUUACUGAAGGACUACGCACCAGGAAUUGCUAAAUCUACCAAAUACUUCCGAAAGGGCGCUGGAAAUUUAGUUCGUUUGGGCGGGUCGUUGAUGACCAAGGGAGCGUCUCUUGUGGCCGAGACGGUCGCACCAGUUUCCAAGGAUGAAAAGAUGGCUGAGUUUGAUCCAAUGGUGAACCAGCUUCGAGCUGCUCUAUCUACAGUCAAGGACCAACUCAAUAAAGGAACCGUAACUUACGUAACUCGCGGACUCUAAAGAAACCCGAACCCAGCCGCUAGCCGAUACUUAUUGUAGCUUUUACUUACUAGAAACGUUUAUUGAAAAGUAAUUCCUAACGUACAGUGAUUGAGAUAAUACGAAUUAUUUUUCUUCUAUUAUCCAAAUGAGGCUUUGGUUUUCAUUCAAUUAGCCUGUUAAUAUGCCUGUAACGUGUGACCACUUGUCAUACCUUACAGAAUCGCAUACUUUAAACUCGCGAAAAGAAAUAACAUAUUUUAAAAGAAAGAACAUCCCACGUGAUGUUCUUUCUUUUUCAACAUCCAACGUGAUGUUCUUUCUUUUAAACAGCAAUGUCCUUAGAGCAUAGAGCAUACCAAUGGGCUUACAUUCUGUAUUGUGAAGAUUCUUAACUUGGGUCUCACGCCAAUAUCCGGAACUGAGCAUGCUACUCGAUAUUGUGUAGAUUCUAUACGGGUGUUAGAAGUCACGAUCUGGAACUGAGAAAACUAUUCCAUAUUGUGAACAUGAUUCUUGACGUGAGUCUCAAAUCAAGUUCCUGAACCGGGCAAGCUAUUCAUUAUUUUGAGGAUGAUUCUUGACGUGGGACUCGUAUGGUCUCGAGUCCAGUGAUUGUGAACUCGAGAAUAAUAUAGUUAUAGUGCCUUCGUUUACUUGUGAUUACCUCGACUCCGCGUGCCUUGUAGAUACCAUGACGAUUGUGAGUAGUGAAGGCUGAAAAUAAUUUUAAUCAAUUUGGUUUUUAUCUCACUUGUGAAAACUGAUGCGGAAAUAGAACAAAGCUCGCAGGAUGAUAAGUCACGCGAUUAUUUCUAUAUCAUCGUUAUUUUUAAGCAACCACUUACUGGGUCUCUUUGAUUUUAUUUGUAGGUAACUAGUCACAUUGUUAUUAUGAUCUGAAUUAAGUAAAGAAGAUGAAUUAAUUAGAGAACUAGUCACAUUGAAGAAGAGAAGCAAUGCUUCUCAUCUUCAAUGGUCUACUGGUUGAAAAGGCGGCAUGCUUUUAAUUCCGUCAUCUACGAUAUGCUUUUCGAGAUGUUCAUCAUCUUUCAAUACAGACAAUGUAUUUACGUUUGUCCUUAGUUCUCACCUCAUAUUACCUCGCGGAUUUCUUGAACUACUUACCAUGAAAUUAUUAAAAUUAUGCACCCUAAUUUUUGCCGAAUGAUAAGUUACAGGUGUUUUUAUUUGUAAAUCGAGUUACUUCCAACAUUUAUAACAAUUGCUUAUUAUUAAUAUUAAUUCGAGAAGUUGAUUUUAAACUUAUAUUGAGUGUCCAGUCUCUGCUAUUUUAAUUCCAUCUAGGCCUACAAUAACGCCGUAGCUUUCUUUAAAAGUUAAAUUACGAGUAGUUUCAAAUAAAAUCCAGGUGUGCGCUCUCGCUUUAUUUCGUCUUAUAUUGCCUGUAGAAUGUGUAUUUUUCAAUUAAGCUUUGCAUCUCGAAACGUGUGAUGAACUUGUCAUAAUUUUAUUAUUAUCAUUAUUACACUUAAUCAUGCUUAACGAUGCAUUUCCUGUGUUUGAUUAUGGCUCAUGAUUUAUGAAAUGUAGCUCCAUCUUGUUGAAACCAGACAUACCUGACUUCAUUUCAGCCAGUUUUGGAAAAAAACGGUGUCGAUCAUUUGCGUGUACAGAGCUGCAGUCAUCGCUCCUGCUCGUUCGAUUUCCUUA